UUUUCUCUCUAGUGUUGCUAAUACAGCAUCCAAGAGAUCAUCAAGUUGGUUAAAGAAGCGUCAACAUAUUACAUCAAAGAAUUUUGCUGUUACUCUGUAUAACUUGGUUGAAAAUGAGGUACUUGCUAAUGCCAAGACACUGCACAAGAAGUUCAUCUCUGAAAGAGGGAAAUAUAACCUUAAGGGCUCGCAAUUGAAGAAAAGUUGGUGGACAUCGCCUGCAUUCUCGGAACUGGAAAAAAAUUGGUGGUCUGAAUUUUGUGCUUGGAUAAGUGAGUGUGUGCCGUCGUACAUGUUUGAAAUUGAUUCCCAUGGACGUGACAAUGUGAAAUUUGAAGGGUGGAAGAUGUUGGAGGAAAAUAGAUUGGGAGUUGUUCUCACUCAUGCACAAAUGGUUAGCUUGAUUGACAUUCUAGACAUGUUCUAUGAGGAUACUUUCACUCUGCCAGAAAACAUGCUCCCAUGUUAUACAGUUGCAAAACCAUCCAAACUGGAUAUCAAUAAGGGCAGUUUCAUGUUGAAGACAUUGUCAACUGUCCUUGUGAGUGGGAUAUUUUUUGUGACCAUCAGUGUUCUGGGAAAACUUUGUCUACCUAAGCUGCUGCCUAUCAGAAAGAGGUUUAUUCAGCAAAAUUCUCAAUCCCCAUUAUGUGACAUUGUUCAUGUUCCAGAUCAUUCUCUAGAACCCUCUGAGUUGGAAACAUGCUGUGUGUCAAUUAUUAGACGAAUCAAGGAUUCUUUUGGUUGGUCUGGAGAAAUAAGUACACCAGCUAGUGCAUGUGCAUGUAUCGGGGAGCUUCCUAAAUUCAUGAGUGAAGGGGAUUAUAAAAAUUUCAGUAUGUCGGACAUGUCACCCACAUCUAUGCCAUUACAAGCUAGUGAAGAAGAGAUGAAAAGAUUAGAAGACAUCGCUAGUUAUCAGGUAAUGGUGUCGACGGAUGGGAAAAUCAUAGGGUUCCAACCCACUAAUCGAGUUGCUGUUAAUAAUUGGGCUGCAAAUCCAUUGGCCAAAGAGCUGUAUGGUGGGAAAAAACUCUCUCCUGGAUUGUUAGAACCUGGUCUCAAGAUUCGCAAUCCGAAUGGCAUGGUCGUGUUGGAGCUAUUGAUAUCAUUAAAUCCUAAAUCCUAUUUUGCAUUAGUUAGGGCUGUUGAUAUCAGUACAAGUGUUGAUGGUUGAACUUCCUUGUGUGAUAUUGAACCAUUCUCAGAUUUUGUAGAAUAUGUUCUUGCCCUGCUCAAAGGUCUUAAAUGAUGCCAAUCUUUGCAUUAUUUGUAUUGACUGUUAGUAUUCAAAUUAAAUUAACGAGAUUGUUUCUUUAUUA